GUGGACGUGGAAGAGGUGCAGCGGUACAGCUUUCUUAUGGUGCUCCAAGCCGAGAUGGAGCGGCGACUUAGCCGAGCCCGAAUGGAGAUAAAUGCCCUGGCAGAGGACAUCGACAAGUGCAUAGUGCUGCAGCCCCCAAGGGACAUGCCAACGGGCAGCCUCGUGGAUGAUGCGAGGUGCCGCAUCAGCAAGGAUAGCCGCUUUCACGACAUCGAGACCAGCCUGGCGAUGUUGAAAUCUCGGGUGGAUGUUGCCCUACAGGAUUCCAAUCCAGAAGGCAGCAGCACGGAGGCCUCAGGCACGCUGUGGGCGUCCAUGCAGGAGGUGCCUGUCAUCAUGGCGCAACCCCUUUUCAACGGCUUUGAGGAGGCCACGGUGAAGGUGGAAGACGAAGUCUGCACGGCGAGAACCCAGGAGUUUGAACAGCUUACCAGCUGGGUCCGGCGGGAACUGAGCCAGGUGCACGAGAAAUUGGACGUCAAGUUCCAGAAGCUUCACUCCUUGUUGGAGGGUUUGAAGACCUCGCGGCAGGUUCCAGCAGCGGCAGAAGUGGCGGCUCCAGCGACGGACCUCCUUGCCAGUGCAUCCGCCCCCUCUCUCGCCGGGUCGCCUGGGAAGGCCUUGCGCAACUCUCGGCCCAAGCAGGACCACCCGGGCGUCAGACACAUGCUGGAGGAGUUCCGAACGUCCCAGCUCUGCAUGGUCGAGGAGCAGCAAACCACCAAGAGCAUGAUCGAGGACUUCCGACAGUUGCUCCUCAGCCAAGUGGAGGAGCUCGCGAAGGAGCAGAAGAGCUGCAGAAGCAUGCUGGAGGACCUGCGAGUGUCGCAGAUAGGCUUUGCAGAGGACUGUCAGCACCAGAUCGUCAGCGUCGUCAGGGAGGAGUUCGAGCAGCGCUGGCGAACGAGCAGCACGAGUCUGGAGGAGUUUCAACAGCAGCAGCAGAGCUUCAGACACGCUCUGCAGGAGCUGGCGAAGGAGCAGAAGAGCUUCAGAAGCACGCUGGAGGACCUGCGAGUGUCGCAGCUAGGCUUCACAGAGGACUUGCACAAGCCGCAGGGCAUCAGAAUUGUGAGGGAGGAGUGUGAGCGGGACUGGCGCAGCAGCAGGACGACUCUGGAGGUGUCGCGGAGCAAGCGUGAUGCGCCGCCUCUGUGUGAUGUCGCUGGGCUGCCGCUUCCGAAGCCCAGCAUGGCCGAGGAGCAGCGGAUCAACAGGGAGAUCAAGCGAGCGCACCUGAAGGAGACGCAGAGUGUGAAUCUCGAGGCUGCUCGCUUCGGACUCGGGGAGACGACAGUUGACCAGGCCGCGUCCACGCCAGUCUCGCCGGUGUCUGCGAGAUGCUCCGUCUCUUUUGGUGAGGCGAACCGCACCAGGCUCGCCAAGAAGCAGAAGCAGACAUCUGAGCAAGAGGAAGCCUCGCAACUGAAGAUCACCCUGAGCAUGGCUCCAAGGACGGAGGAGCCUGUGGAGAAGGAAGAAGUCGAGAAGCAGCGGAAGAGAGCAGGCUCUGAGAAAGCAGGCCUGAAACCCAAGAAAGAGAGAUGA